UUCCGGUGUAGCAGGCGUCCAAGGUUUGAGGAGACGAAAAAAAAAGCUGUCUUACUGUUCUAUCUAAAACACGCUAGGUAAAAUAAAAAGGAUUCAGGACGUUUGCCUCCCUCCUCUCCUCUCCUCACCUCACCUGAGUCAGAGGACCGAAGGUCAGAAGCCGCGGGUUAGCAUGGCGUCGGGCAGCGCAAGCAGCAGUGAGGAAGAGAGGAGCCUGCGUGAGUGUGAGCACUAUGUGCAGAAACACAACAUCCAGCAGCUGUUGAAGGACUGUAUCGUGCAGCUGUGCACCUCGCGGCCUGACAGACCGAUGGCCUUCCUCCGGGAGUACUUCGAGAGGCUCGAGAAGGAGGAAGCUAAACAGCUCCUGAACCAGCAGAAGGGCAGCUCUCGGUCGGACUCGCGAGAAGACGAGGUCUCUCCUCCCAUGAACCCCGUGGUGAAGGGUCGCCGCAGGAGGGGAGCCAUCAGUGCGGAGGUCUACACUGAAGAGGAUGCUGCCUCUUACGUCCGAAAGGUUAUUCCUAAAGACUACAAAACCAUGGCAGCUCUAGCCAAGGCUAUUGAAAAGAAUGUGCUUUUCUCACACCUGGAUGACAAUGAGAGAAGUGACAUAUUUGAUGCCAUGUUCCCAGUCACCUACAUUGCUGGGGAAAUUGUUAUUCAACAAGGCGACGAAGGUGAUAACUUCUAUGUAAUCGACCAGGGCGAAAUGGAUGUAUAUGUGAAUAGCGAGUGGGCGACCAGCAUUGGGGAGGGCGGCAGUUUUGGUGAAUUAGCGCUCAUCUACGGCACCCCUAGAGCUGCCACAGUCAGGGCCAAGACGGAUGUGAAACUCUGGGGCAUCGACAGAGACAGCUACAGAAGAAUACUGAUGGGGAGUACUCUAAGAAAGAGAAAAAUGUAUGAAGAAUUCCUAAGCAAAGUAUCUAUUUUAGAGUCCCUGGACAAGUGGGAACGUCUGACAGUGGCCGAUGCCCUGGAGCCCGUGCAGUUUGAGGACAGCCAGAAGAUUGUGGUGCAAGGAGAGCCUGGGGAUGAGUUCUUUAUUAUCCUGGAGGGCUGUGCGGCCGUGUUGCAGCGGAGGUCUGAGAACGAGGAGUUUGUGGAGGUUGGCCGGUUAGGACCAUCUGACUACUUCGGUGAGAUUGCACUGUUGAUGAACCGGCCCCGUGCCGCAACCGUGGUGGCUCGCGGCCCACUCAAGUGCGUGAAGUUGGACCGACCGCGAUUCGAGCGUGUGCUGGGCCCCUGCUCCGACAUCCUCAAACGCAACAUCCAGCAGUACAACAGCUUCGUGUCCCUGUCUGUCUGAAGUCUGCACACUCACACUCACUCAAUCUUGUUUCAACAGUAAGGUCCACACAUGCAAUUGGCUUUUAUUUCUAUCUUUCUACCUUUUUUUUGCAUAAUUUCUCACCAUCUACACUCAACCUUCCCUACAGCAGUGUGCAUGCAUGUCAAAUCUAACGUCAUCAGUACUCCCUUCGACACACCAGUGAAGGGUCAGACAAUCAAACUUUGGAAUUUACUUUAGACUUAUUUUAAACUAUUGUAGACAGGCGAUAAGAAGGGAGGAGUGAGAUUAUAUUUUUUAAAAGUUAUUUUCAAGAAAGCCCUUACAUUGUUUUCUUUUGGCUUGCUAUACUUUAAUUGAAGUAGUUUUCUAAGCUGUUUUGUAAGAAUAUGAUCUGCAGAAGCAGUUAUAGAUCUCCUUCUGCAUCCUUAUAUACUGACUGUAUGCAUGCUUAUAAAGUUCUUCUUUAUUAAGCAUUAUGUGUCUUAUGUGCUCCCCACUUUACUGUUCCAUUCACACCUGUAAAAGUGGUUUCAGAAAUAGAUUGUAUGUAGCAUCCCCUGAAGUGAAGGAGCUGUAUAUUUCUUUUUCUUGCAACCAUUCCAGCAUACUGUCUCAGUAGUUUUCUAGCUGCUUUACACAUUUGCAUGUCCCAACAUAUUUGAGCUACAUGCAUCCUCCAGAUUGAUUAGAUUGCAGAUUUGACACUCACUGGGAAUAUAAGACUGGCUUGUAUCUUAGUUUUAUCUGAAUCUGUGUGAAAGAGCAUACUAUUAGUUUAGUUCCCGAGCCAGUGCCAAAAUCCAGGCUAGUACAGUAGGUCUUCUUUAAAGUCAUAAUGCAGAAUGUCAGUCAAAAGCAUUUCGAAUUAGCAUGUUACCAGUUUUAAUCAAACUAAGCGGAACAAGAUUAUAUAACCCAUAGACACAAUUUGUGUAGCUUUCUAAGCGCCAGUAUUAGAAAUGCUGUCAGUAUGUUCUCAUUAAGUUGUUCCCCACCAUGAUUUUUAAUCAUUCAACUUUGGUUUCAGAUCUAUUUUAGAAGCUUGGUGCCAUAAGCAUUACGGGAUGCAUGCACACCAUUUUCUGCUCUUCAUGCAGUUGUUACUUUGUGUGAAAUAUGUUUUGCACAGGUUUGUUGCACUUGAAAUUUAGAGAAAAUAAAAUAUAUUCAGGAAAAGGACAUUGGUGGCAUAACAUGUUGAAGUGUCCACGGUUUUUGACAUUCAGUGUUGAAAUGCUGAACCCAAAACCCACACUGGCUCCAUACUAUGUUGUGCUACAAAGAUUUUUUCAAUAUUGUCUAUUUUAUUUCAUGUGUAUGCAUAUCAAGGAGUUUCAACUACAACCAUAUCCGGUUACUUCUGUUGCCACAGAAAGGACUCCAUUCUGAGACAACUGUGAGAUAAAUGUGUUCAUAUUCUUUUCUGUCCUAUAUCACAUUCUUUCUGGCUUGAUUUUAAAUAUUUAUUAACAACAUUUAUGCCCCCAAAACGUUAUCCCUGAGUUUAUCACUCACAGUCAUCGUUAUAUUUUAUGGCAUUGUAUGUCUGUAUAAAUGAAUGGCUUGAAGAGUGGUCAUAUGAACAUGUCUGUAUGAACAAAUAUUAAUAUAGCUUGCCUUUGCUUUAGUUAUUAAAAGUACAUGCUCUAGCUAGACCAGGCUUUGAGCUCAUUUUGUGAGGUCUGCAGUCAUUUGAACUGCAACUACUAUUCACAGUGGACCAUUUUUUUCUCUUCUUUUUCUACCCAAACUGUUGCUUUCCAGUGUCUUGUCCAAAUGAUAAUCUUUUUGAUAGAGGUUCUAAUGGCAGUUUAAGCAAUAAAAAGUGGUAUUAAUUAA